ACGAGAUCGAUUCCGCAAGUAAAAGGAUCAUGUAUUCCGAUCCCGAGAGUGAAGACGGUGGAGUACCAGUGAGGAUGCGUGAUGAGCUAAGUUUUCUUCACGGCGAAUUUAAGCGGUUGUGCGAAUCGCAAACCUCAACGGAACUUUGGGAGGCGGAGCUCGACCAAUUGAAAUCCCCAGCUCAUCACAAUAUCAAGAUCAGGUACAUAACUCUUAUCCUGGAAUGAACCAGAGUGAUUUUCCCUUAGGUUAUCGGCCUGGUCAUUCAGAUCUUGCUAAUCGCGAUAGUAUGUUAAAGAAGAUCGAAAUGCCUAUCUUCGAUGGUUCGGCUCCAUAUGUGUGGAUAGCCGAUGUCAAAAGUUUCUUCGCGAUAGCUCGUUACGACGAUAAAGCGAAAUAAGACCUGAUUGCUCUAACAUUGACGGGAAAGGUUCGAAAAUAGUUUAUCUGGGCAAGACAACGUCAGGGAUUCAGUGAUUGGAGAGAUUUCAAAUCGAAACUAUUGAUCCGAUUUGCAGAAUCACAAGACGACGAACCGGGUAAAAGGUUGUAUUCUAUCAAACAAACGGGGUCAGUGAGCGAUUAUAUUUCGGAGUUUGAGGAUUUAUCGUCACAAGUUACUGGUGUGGAUGUAAAGGACUUGUGGACAUCUUCUAUAAUGGCCUAUCACAGGAAAUGAAGGAGGUGAUUAGGAUGAAAGAGCCAAGAGGUCUUGCAAAUCACAUUGCUGCGGUUUGAAGAUGAAAACUAGCAUGUUUUGCAGGGCUGUUAGUGAAGUAGCAAAGAAAGAGGGUGGUGCUAAGACUUCAACUCGAAGCUCCUUUGUAGCCACAAGACCUCAAUUCGUUACCACUUUCAAACCACGCCUAGCUCUGCCUGAGACAUCGGAACCGAAGGAAAUGCUUCAAGGUGGGAAAACAAACUUAAGACCCAAACAAAAGUUUACGGAUGCAGAGUUAGACUUGAAGAGAAGUUUGGGCUUAUGCUUCAAAUGUGAUGUGAAAUGGUUAAAAGGACAUGAUAAAGUGUGCCAGAAGAAGGAACUACAGGUGCUAUCAGUGCUGAAUGGAUUUGAAGUAGAAAUCCUGGACGAGAAUAUGUUCGAGUUGACGGAGUAUGAACCAGUGGAGACUGGUGAACUCGGACAUCUGUCCUUGAACGCAUUUUUGGGAAUAGAAUCUCUGAAAAAAACAAAGGUGUUGGGAGUUAUUGGGAAGUCCUCAGUAGUAGUGAUGUUGGACAGUGGAGCUUCCCACAAUUUUAUCUCUCCCACAGCCUUAGCUAAAGCUAAGUUGAAGAUGGCUGAAAACAAUACAAUGGAGAUUCUACUAGGAAACGGUCUACAAGUAAAGGGCAUGGGACUAUGCAAAGGCGUAAAAUUCUCCUUAGCAGGAUUUGAGUUUACUACAGAUUUCAUCUCACUGGAGUUGGGGAAUGUGGAUGUCAUCUUAGGGGUGCAAUGGCUGGAAACUUUGGGCACUUGUCAAGUAGACUGGAGAAAACAAGAGUUCUCUUUCAAAUAUAAUGGUGAUUGGAUCACAUUAUAUGGAGACACCAGCUUUCAUUCUAAAAGACUUUCCAUAAGAACUUUAUCACCUGGCCCUCGCGUGGUUUCUAAAGGAAUGGUGUUAGAAUUUGGAGGCAGUCAGUUAACGGACACGAUGUCAGCAAAGACACCUUCUCUAAUCACUGAGUUAUUGGAGGAAUUUGAAGGCGUUUUUGCAGUUCCAACCGAACUCCCACCUGCGUGGUCGUGAACAUGGAAUCAUUUUGAAAGAAGGGCAAGCUCCGAUCAACGUGCGACCAUACCAGUACCCUCAAAUGCACAAAGAAGUCAUGGAAAAGAUGGUUCAAGAAAUGUUACAAGCUGGAACCAUUAGGCCAAGUGUGAGCCCUUUUUCAAGUCCUGUCCUUUUAGUCCAAAAAAAGAUGCUAGUUGGAGAUUUUGCAUCGACUAUCGGGCAUUGAAUAGAGCCACAGUGCCAGAUAAAUUUCCUAUACCCAUGAUCGAUGAGCUGCUAGAUGAACUGUAUGGAGCAAAUAUCUUCUCCAAACUGGAUUUGAGGUCGGGGUAUCAUCAAAUUCGUAUGAAAGAGGAAGAUAUUGACAAAACAGCUUUCAGAACUCAUGAUGGCCAUUAUGAGUUUCUGGUCAUGCCUUUUGGCUUAACAAAUGCUCCAGAAACCUUCCAAUCUUUGGUGAAUGAUCUAUUCAGAGAGUUCUUACGCAAUGGCCAAUACUUAACCAUUCUAUUAGCCAAUACUUAACCAUUCUAUUACAUCUUGACCAUAGCCGAAAACUAGAAUCCGAUUGAACUGGACGAGGCAAGGUUCCAUCAAUGAAUCUGAUCUUAUUCUUAGCGUCUUGAGUAAUACACAUAACAGCAUUCCCAUCAUCAUAGUUUUUACCAUCAAGCUUCAGAGAGAUGAUUUGUAAACCUGGAUGAUCAUCAUUAUGCAUAUUAAACGGAGAUUGACCUGGAUCCUGAGAAUCCGACAUUGCAAUGGCUCACAAAGCUCUAGAGUCUUGAGAGAUAACUACUAGAGGAGUAAUCGGAGGUAGAUCUGCAACAUCAGAGCUGGAUCGAGUCAAAUGACGAGUCGAUUUGGAAGCGGAACUUGUUGAUGCUUUAGAUUGAGUAAAUCUUUGAGCUAUAUUUUUCAAAGACACCAUCAUAGCUUUAGAUUAAACUAGAAAAUCCAAAUACGGAGCUCAAAUCAAGUAAAAUGAAAAAGAGAUUAGAGCUUUGAUGGCUUUGAUUAGAGAAAAAGAAAAUAAGAG